GGUCUUUCUCAGAGCAGAGUAACAGGUCCUCUGCACAUGAAUCCAGUACAGGGCCUCGUACACUCUUAAGAAAGAUGUGUUGUUUUUGUGACACAAUACAUGUGUAAAUCAUAAAAUAACACAUUUUGCGUUGGUUUCUGCAAAUAAUGUGUUGCAAGUGGCACCAUCUUUAACACACCAGAAUGUGUUACAUUAUUGGCCAAUCACGUUGCGUAUGUCUGCCCUCGUUCAUUUGAUUUAUCUCUCCCGCUUGCUAAUCCUGCUAUGGCCACGCCAAGACCCGCCCUACGAAGCAGCUCGAUUGGUUGGGGUUAGGCAUUUCACCUCGAGCAUGGACGCCUGGCAAAUAGUAGUGAUUGAAGGGCGGGUCUUGGCGUAGCCAUAGUAGUUCCCGCUUGUGCUGAGACAAACUCUUUGUUCUGGGAUUAACCGACAGCUUCAGGAGCAGCAGAACUGAUGAACAGUGGCCCAAAUGGAGUCUUCUGAAAAGGACACUUAUCCACCACCAGACCCUGGACCACUGGCAAAGAGAGUGCUUGUAGCCAUUUAUAAAGAUGGCACUGAAACAUGCAAGAAACUUUUUACUGUUGCAGAUGCCUCACAGCUUUUGCAGGCCUGUCACUCAGAGUUUUCACAUUCAGUGCAAUUAGAAAGGUUUCUCAAGUACAACAAUGACUUCCAAGACUACGUUGACUGUGACACAAGUACAGAUGUUAAGGACUACGACAAGUUCCAAGUAAGGGUUGCGACAGUGGUCCAGCUGGAGUUUAUGGAGGUUCAAAGACCACAUGUGGAAAUCGAAAAGAAUGACAUGGCUGCACAGCUAAAAUCUCUUCUGGAAACAAAGGCUCCAGACGUACUGACUGAACAUCAACAUACAGGCACACUAUCCACCAACAGCAGAAAGAAGCUUGUCAAAUUAAGUGUCUGUGACCUUGUAGAGAAACAUGGAUUUUACCCCUCUACAGCAGAGAAACUACAUUUGGCUAAAUCGUUAACCACACUCUUCCCAUCACUGAAUGUGAUGGUGUCUGGAGAGGGUAAAGGAUUUGAACAUUUCUAUGAUCCUGUAUCACAUAAAGGGCUUCAUAGAAAUGAAGUUACGAAAUAUCAGACGGAAUCUGGAGGAGAGCCAGCGCGCUACAGAAGAGAAGGAUGCCUUGUGGAGCAGCAACAGCAGCUCAGCCUUCAGAGGACGAGCCCAAGCGAGUGCACCCAGUCACCUACGGUUGCAGACAUAGUCCAACAGUACCCCCGUUUCAUAGACAUCCCAAGCCUGCUAGAUGUGGAGUUUGGAAGAUUGUUCGAUGGGAAGGCAGAGAUGUUCAUAAGGAGGUGGGAGUCGUCCAUUAUCCCAAAACUGAAGCAGAUUGCCAUUUUGGAGAAGGGUGGAGUGUCCUCCUUGUUGGAUCAAACUGGAAACCAGAAUGAUGAUGAGCUUUGCUACAGUAUGCUGCAAGUUCUUACUCACCUGCUUCCACCAACGGCUUCAGGAAGAGGUCCAGUGGCCUCAAGCCGAUGUAGUGUGAAGUCAGCUGUGUCAUACCUACUGAACUUUGUGCAGCACGGGACCAGCAUCCCCUCCCUUUGUGAUGUUGAUGAUGGAUCCUUGAGGCCCCCUCAGCAGAGCCAUCAGCCACAGUUAGUGUGCAUCGGUCAUCUGUCCAGCCAAGCACGCCAGUUUGUCAUUGUUGCCAGAAGUGACAAGGUUGCCAUUCCACUGCAUGGUGACAGCCUAACCUGUGCCCUGGAUAAGCUGUUCAAGUUUUUUUGGGUAUGCAAUGUUGCUUAUCCUACUCAGCUUACUUCAGUUUUCAUAUUUCUCGAGCAUAUCUAUGACUUGCCAGUGUCUAAGACAGCGAGACGAUCCAAAGUGAUGGAACUCAUUGGAAAGCUUCAGGUUUUGGCCUAACUUAACUAGCAUGUAUUGUUGCCCCGUAUGUAAACAGCCAGUUUCCAGUGAGAUCAGGAAACUUCGCUGGCAUCUACGUGUAGUGCACUCUUUAUCUGACAGUCAGGACUAUACCAUUAUUUGCAGUCAAAAUGGCUGCCAGAGGACUUACCAUAAUCUGAAUUCCUACUCAAGGCAUCUUUCAAGGGAGCAUUUAUCUGGCGACACUUGCGCAAGCAGUUUGUCUAACCAGACUUUAGACAAUGCAACCAUCCAUGAAACAGAUGUGACACCAGACACUGCAAUAUCAGAUAGGGACAUUGAUGUAGAGACAGACUUGUCUUCAUCUAAAUCUAAAGGUGCAGAACUAAGUAGCUAUGCAGCAACUUUUGUCGCACAAAUGUACUCUGCUUCAAAUGCAACUUUAAGUGAUGUCCAAAGGAGUGUUACUUGCACCAAAGAACUAUUGGACAGGACAGUAGAUAGCCUUCAAGCAUCUACCACUUCAUUGCUAAGGACUUAUUCACUACCACAAGACAAUGAGGAUGUUGUUUUAUUAAUGAAAGACUUUGAAAGUGCGCGAAAUGUAUUUAACGAUUUGGACACCCCCUAUAAAAUGACAAAAUAUUUUGAAAAUAAGUAUUCUCUUGUGAAGCCAACGGAAAUCUUCCUAGGCCAUAGAGCUGACACCACAAAAAGACAUGGAUUAGUCAAACAAUCACUAACAGCUAAUACCUUUCAGUAUAUUUCCAUACUUGAGACACUGAAAUUUAUAUUUUGCAAUGAGAAAAUGCAGACCUUGUAUUUGCAAUCUCACAAGAGUACAGAUGGAAAGAUGCGGGAUUACUGUGACGGUGCUCACUUUGCCAGUCAUGACUUGUACAAAAGACAUCCAAAUGCACUACAGAUUCAACUUUACUUUGAUGAUGUGGAAACCACAAAUCCUCUGGGGUCAAAAACAAAGAUUCAUAAAAUGGGGGCUGUGUAUUUCUCUUUAAGAAACCUGCCACCUCAGUACAACUCAAGCUUAGCAAAUAUCCAUCUCUGCCUUCUGUUCAAUUCCAUUGACCGAGAAACCUAUGGUUUUGGAAAGAUACUUGAACCACUCCUGGAUGACAUUAGUUUACUGGAAUGUCAUGGUAUAGAGAUUGACAUAAAAGGAGAAUUGCACUUGCUGUUUGGAACAGUAUGUCUGUUAACAGGUGACAAUUUAGCAAUUCAUUCAUUAUGUGGUUAUUUGGAAAGCUUUUCUGCCAACAAGUUCUGCCAUAUUUGCAUGGUUCAUAAGAAUAUCUCACAAAUGGUAUUUGAUGAAAACAACUUUGAAAGACGAAACCGAGACAAUUACCAGCACCAUGUUGCUUUAAAUGAUGGAACUGUGACAGGAAUCAAAGAAGAUUCAUGCUUGAAUAUUCUACAGUACUUUCAUGUAACCGAAAAUGUGGGUGUUGACAUAAUGCACGAUGUCCUCGAAGGAGUUGCACCUUUAGAGGUCAAACUACUACUUCGACAAUACAUUUAUGAGGAAAAGCUUUUGAACCUGGAACAAUUAAAUGAAAGAAUAGUCAGCUUUGAUUAUGGGUAUUCAAAUGAAAAAAACAAACCCAGUGUCAUCCUCAAUUUGAGGACAUCUGAGACUGCAAUUAGACAGACUGCAGCACAAAUGUGGUGUCUUAUACAAGUCUUACCUUUCCUACUUGGAGACCUGGUGAAUCCAGAGAGCCUACACUGGCAAUUAUUUGUAUUGCUUCGUGAAAUAUGCAGCAUAAUUUUUGCACCUAUUGUAACAACUGGACUUGCUGUGUAUUUAAAGCAGCUUAUUAUAGACCAUCAUAAAAUGUUCAAAGAAAUCUACCCAGACAUAAAACUGAUCCCUAAACACCAUUUUAUGACACAUUAUCCUAGCAUGAUGGUUUUAUUUGGACCACUAUCAAACUAUGGUGUAUGCGGUUUGAAGCGAAACACAACCCUCUGAAAAGACAAGCACAUGUUGUCUGCAAUUUUAAGAAUAUAUCAAAGACACUGGCCUACAAAAACCAGGUUCAGCAAAUGCAUUGCUGGAGAUCCGGACAACCACUGGGUAACAAAAUGUGCGUCACAAAUGCUUUUGCAGUUAUUCUCAGAUCCCUAGACAAUGGUGAACACUUGAUUGAUCAUCUCAGGUCAACACUUAAUGAGGACUUUUCAGAAAUGAUGUGCGUUUCACACAUGGUGACAUUGUAUGGACAGACAUACAGAACAGCGACAGUUGUUGUAAUGUCAGCAGACACUGAUGAACCAGCCUUAGGAGAAAUAGUUCAUCUUCUCCCACAGGUAGACAAAGGCACUGCUCUAGCUUUUGUACGGGUUGUAAAUGUGAACUUUUUUGAUGACCACAUGUAUGCUUAUGCUGUUGAAAGAGUUGAUGAGUUCAAACUUAUAAGGAUUCCUUGUGAUUUGUCUGAUUUUAGACCGCUUGAUUUUUAUACAGGUUUUAGGGAAAAUGAGAUUUAUAUCAACCCAAGAUAUGCACUUUUGUGCUGAUGUUUUGUUUUAUGAAAUGUUGACUAAAUCUCAA